CCCGAGUAUUUUCAGCGUUUUCAGUAGUUUCCAAAUUCAUGUGCGAAGGGAAAAGUAGGCCGCCGUGAGUAGUAACGGGUAACGAUCACCUUGCUGGAUGUCGAAGCCAGAGCUGAGUGUGCGGAGUGACGGGGAUGGCAUGGAGUCCUUACCACGAGACAUUCCAGUCCCCGUGAGGAGGCGCGAGCCAAAAUUUGUGCCCUAUGAGCCAUACAAGGCUGCGGUCACUCCCGUACGUGAGAUGGACACACGCUGCAGAACCCGGUUGGCGGCGCUGGAGAUCCCCUUCCCCUUGCAUCACCCGCCUGGUGGUGGUGAGGAGCCGCCCUUGCUGGCAGUGGUGCGGGAAGUGCCUGAGGGCACUCCACCUUCUCCUUCCUCCCAGGGGGCUCCCCUCGAACAGCGGCUGCACGAAGCACACCAGUGCACUCAGGAUCUGCAGGAGCAGCUGCGGGUCCAGGUCGAGGUGAACCGUGAGCUGAAGAAGUUGCUUGUGGCUUCUGUGGGUGAAGACCUGGAAGCACGUGUGCACUUCCUCAGUGAGGACAAGGCACAGCUGGCCGCAGACGUGCGAGCGUACGCACAGCGUUUGAGCCAGGGCCGAGAGGAGAUUGACCGGUUGGCUAUCCAUGCAGACGUCUGGCGCUCAAAGUUCCUGGCUGCCAGGUACGGGAAAUUACUCUGCACUUGGCUGCUGCACGGGUACACCACAGAUAUGCACUGCAACCAAGUUAUGCUUGCAGCAGAAAACUCAGUUAAACCAUGAAUUUGGCUAAUGAUCGUGGAUAACAGCACACCUAAGGUGGACGAAGAGAAGAAGGGGACAUACAACACAGUGCUGACUUUCAACUCAAGUUUUAUUCAAGAAAAAAAAAUUAAGGCAGCUUCACACUAGUGGUGCGAAGCGUGAAGGAAGUGCAGAACUAGGCAGUCUUCUUUGUUUCUCAUCGAUUUUCUGUUUCUUUCCUCCUCUCCUUCUUUCUUUUUCUCUUUUCCAGGUUCUUAAUUUUAAUUUUUUUAUUAUUCAAAAUACACCUAAAGGCCCUCAAUGCGGGUAUUACAUAGGAGAGCAUAUUACAAUAAAUUGAGAA